CACGGUGCUUUGAACGCACAAGGAUCACCUGGAACUCGAGGGGUGGUUUCGAGCGCCCCCUUCUGGUCCCCCUCUUGUCUCUCCUCCCACCUUCCCCCUCCACCCCUCUCCCUCCCAAAUCCUCUCCUCGCCUAAGGUACAAGCCUACCCCCUCUCCCGUUUGGCCGUCGCUGGCUAGGCGUAACGGAGGUAUGCUUUACGCUCAGGGCAGCGGCGGCAUGGAGGCGCGCUUCACGCGCGGGAAGUCGGCGCUGCUGGAGCGCGCGCUGGCCCGGCCGCGCACCGAGGUGAGCCUGAGCGCCUUCGCGCUGCUCUUCUCCGAGCUGGUGCAGCACUGCCAGAGCCGCGUCUUCUCUGUGGCGGAGCUGCAGGCUCGCCUGGCCGCGCUAGGCCGCCAGGUGGGCGCCCGCGUUCUGGAUGCGCUGGUGGCUCGCGAAAAGGGCGCCCGGCGCGAAACCAAGGUGCUGGGCGCCCUGCUCUUCGUUAAGGGCGCCGUGUGGAAGGCGCUCUUCGGCAAGGAGGCCGACAAGCUGGAGCAGGCCAAUGACGACGCCCGCACCUUUUACAUCAUCGAGCGGGAGCCGCUCAUCAACACGUACAUCUCCGUGCCCAAGGAGAACAGCACGCUCAACUGCGCCAGCUUCACGGCUGGCAUCGUGGAGGCGGUGCUCACGCACAGUGGCUUCCCCGCCAAGGUCACGGCGCACUGGCACAAGGGCACCACGCUCAUGAUCAAGUUCGAGGAGGCGGUCAUCGCCCGAGACCGGGCCCUGGAGGGCCGCUGAUUCCGCCCCCCCCCCCCCAAUCCUUAUAAAGGAUGAAGAUAG